AUGACAGCAGUAAAUGCGGCCGUUCACGAAUUCUCGGGGGUCCGGCUACCCCUACAGCCGUACUCCGGUAGUCAUGCCGUUUUUAUGUAUUCCACUGCGUCGGAUGGUAACGUCACGUUGCAGCUCAAAGAACCAGACGAUCUUGACAGGAACAGUCUGGCAGUUAUGUUGGCAAGAUUACAAGAAGAUUCAUCAUUUUCGAUCUACACUCAAGACACCGAUAUUUUAUCCGAUAACGGUAUCGACGUUUUGCUCGGACCCGGCAGCUCUGGCGAAAAUUCAGGAAACGACACUGUAACAGCAUCAUUUGAUUUUUUCGAUUCAUCCAGCGCCCAUGACUUAACUUUAUCGCCGCAGACCCUAUCCAACACAACAGAGGCCUUAAUAAACGACAAUUCAAAUAGUUUGGGACUCCCCGCAGAUAGCGAUACCGUAUCAACAACAACAAAAGAUGAUGGAAAACCAGGCAGCACGUCACCUGAUCUCAAAGGAAAAAGGCCUAAAACAAAACCAACUUCUCCCAAUAGACAGGGUCCUCAACAAUGCACGGUGUGUUCCAAGGUGUUUGGUAAUGCAUCGGCUCUAGCAAAACACAAACUUACCCACAGCGACGAAAGAAAAUACAUUUGCAACGUAUGCAAUAAAGCGUUUAAAAGACAAGACCAUUUAAACGGCCAUAUGCUCACUCACCGCAACAAAAAACCGUACGAGUGCAAAGCGGACGGAUGCGGCAAAAGUUACUGCGACGCGCGUUCUUUGAGACGUCACACUGAGAACCAUCACGUACCACCUUCUACGUCGAAUACGACCAUGUCACCGGCGCAGGGAGCGGCAGCUGGUGACGCCGCGUCACCUCACGGGAGUAGUUGCAUUCAGUACGCGCCACCUCCUACGGGAUCGCCAACUGUUAAGGACAGUAAGGAGGGGAAAAGUCAAUUGCAGCAACUUUUGUCGACUGAACCAGCAAAGAGUGUUAGUGGCAAUAAUGACGGUCUAACGAAACAACAACUGGAUCUCAUCCAUCAAAUAAUGGAACAAACCCAAAGACAAAACCAGUCAGUGGUGUCGUCGCCGUCAUCUUCGAAACCCUCGCCGAAAAAAUCGAAAUCCAGAAGUAGGGAUAAGACAGUGGCGGCGGCAUCGUCGACUUCGUGGUCGCCAAAUUCCCAACAACAACAACAAUGUUUACCUGUGAAAACAAUUUCGACCGGUGCACCGAGUCCUCAAGGCAAAGUUACCACUACAACCCCUUCGACGCCUUCGCCCACUGCCCAGGAUAAGCCGCCCAUUCUCAAACCUGUCGAGUGCAAUUUGUGCAAAAGACGAUUCAAAAACAUACCUGCUCUCAAUGGACACAUGAGAUUGCACGGGGGUUAUUUUAAAAAGGUGGCAAAGUUGCAUGACAAACCUAAUAAUGCCUCCGUUGAGCAUCAGGAAUUAUUGAACGAAAUAAGUAUUCUUGAAUCUGUUGAGGAUCCAGAAGCGAGAAAAAAUGAAAAAAAGGAACACACCGGCCCUCCGCUUCAAACAGCUAGUAGCAGUGUAAGAGCUUUAAUCGAAGAAAAAAUCAUAAACAAACGAAACUCCUCACCAAGCACCCAUGACACUGUCAGCCGUACAACAUCUUCGACUCAAGUUGAUAUGGAUCCGAAAUCAACUUCGUUCGUCGUGCCAGCACCGCCGCAAAUGGUGAUCGACAAAAAUCGUAGACAUUCCGAUGUGGAGGCUUUAAAAGCAACCAAAUCAUACCAAGAAGCUCAGGCUAUAGCUGAUCUUAUAGUUAAGAGAGAAAAAAUAUCCGUUAAACGCACAAGCUCUGAUCCUGGCCAAUCGUCUGCGCAUUUAUUGCAGUACCGAUCAGAUUCAUUUUCUCUUGACAAUGUCGAUAUGUAUCAGGAAGAACCUCAAUUUGUUACCCCUAGUUUAGAAGACGAAGUGUUUUCGAAUAAUGGCAUGAUGCUCCAGAGUGUUGAUCCCAAUCAACUAACCCAAAUACCAUUCCAAUCAGAAUCAUUAGACGGCAAUCUAUUAGAAAUUAAAGGUGAAAAUUUACUGGACAUGAAAGAUGAAGGACUAUUAGAUAUGAAACAUGAAUGCGACGAAGAUUUACAAGAGCUCAGCCUCGACGAUAUAGCUAGUUUACACGAAGAACCAUUGACAAUCCCACAGCAACUAAAUCCUGUCAAUCAAGACUUGCAAGCGGUAUUAAACUCACCUCUACCCGAAAGCUUAGCUGAAUUCAGCACUUAUCAUACAUCAAAAAACUUGGAAAUCCAAUCACCUAAUCAUUAUCAUACUCCUUCACCAGGUGCGUACGCAAGAUCACCGCACACGUUCACAACACAAUCACCUCUGCAAAGUCCUAUGAUCAGGCACGACUCGCCUGGAUUCGCUUAUCCCACCCCUCCAGCCAGUCACGAAGGACAAAGUCCUUGUUUCGGACAAAACAUACCGUUAGUUUCGCCCAAUGAAGACUUCGGACAAAUGGUCGAGAGAGGCAUGGACGAACCACCGCAAGCUUCUUCCCCAUUGUCAGCUGCAUUUUACACGAGCACCAUGUCCAGUUCCGCAGCUGUCGAAGAAGCCAUCCAGGAGAUUCUACCUGCGGAGAGUAUGAACGAGGAUAAUUUGUAUCCGUUGUCGAAUACGCCACCAUCGCAUUCGGAAAGUGAUUCUUUGGGAUUGACACCGGUACCGUCUCCUAGGGUAGCUACUUCGAUAUCGUCGCCGCAUGCUUCUGGUGGGUUUAGUGCGAAAAAUUCGAAUCAAACUUCACAAAAUCAAUGGGGUACCAAUACUUCUGCGACACUUAUGCUCUCAAACUCUGACGACCCUCUGCUUUCAAGUCAACCCAAAGAUUUCGUACCCAAAAAACGAAUCCAGCUCAAUGGUGUGCCUGUAAGAUUGCUCAGCAAUCAAGGCCUCAUUGAAUUGAACAACGGAAGUUUCACAGGCUUAUUGGUCGAUGCCAAUGGCGAACUCAAAUUAAUCCAAGCAACCAACGGAAGCUUUCCUACGAAAAAUUUCGUCUUAUCCAACGCUCAACUAGUCACAACAAGUAGCCAGGAAAUUGGUACCAAAGAUGGUAGAGUGAAAGUUCAAAAGCUAACACUAACAAAGGCUGUACCUCAAACUGCAACGAAGCUAAUUGCCACAAAUCGAACUAAAUUGGUCAAUGAAACAAGGAAAGAAGAUUGCAACGAUGUUUUUCUCAGUCCGACAACGAUACCAAACAGUCCGGUGCGGCAGGCAAGGAAAAGAUUACGCACCGAGCCACUUCAACUACCGAUAAUUCACCAGUCCAAACUACGAACCACCAGAAGUAAACCGCAAGGAUCGACACGGUAUACGCCACAACCAAUUUUGAAUCCGCAAAGACCUGGCACAGGGUUGUAUGCUAAUAUUAAAUACAAACCUGGUGAAGACAGUCCAAAUUGGAGCGAUCCUAUUCCGGAAACCGAUUCGACGCCUCACAUCAAUAUAGGGCCUCAAAAUCAGUGCGCUAUUCCCACAUACAGAUCAGUGCCAAAGCGGACUAGUCCGCAACCGGUUUACGAGGAUUUGCUUUGGGAUCCUGGUAUAAGCAAUUGUACGGAUUCAGAAAUUGGUAUGUAUUUGGAGUUCGCCUGUUGUGCAGCCAUUCCAGGUGGUGGUAGAAACAAGGAAUAUGCCAUGCAUCUAUUGCAUAUGUGCGGAGGAAAUAUUCAUGACGCUAUGCUGCGAUUGAUGCAGCCUUCGCCGUAUUUGCCUGCCGAUCAUCCCCUAUUGGCGUAUUCCUAUAGCGAAAGUGACAAAUGGACGUCCGCCGAAACUGAAUUAUUCCAUCGGUGUCUUUUGAAGUUUGACAAAGAUUUCACUAGAAUAUCAGAAGAGAUAAAAUCAAAAACGGUAAAACAGUGUAUCCAAUUCUACUACGUGUGGAAAAAAGUAUGUUCGGACGAGUAUAGUAGAUUAAAGGCUUUGAGGCAGCUGAAAAGAAGCCACAAAAAUAUUUCGGAUGGAGAUGACAAGCCGUAUCCUGACGUUAAAUUGCUUGGCAUUGCUGAUAGCGAAUCGCCUAUGAGGAAUUUCCUCUGCGAAUAUCCGGAUUGUUCAGCUAGUUUUAAUUCUCGUGCGGCACUAAACGGCCACAUCCGUAUCCACGGCGGUACCGCACGGAAUUCGCCGACGCCCUCCGUCGUAUCGGAGCGUCGGAACGCCACGUCCACUUCGGGGUCGUACUCGGUCUCGUCGACGAUCUGUCAUCCCGACUCGACCGAUCAAGAGUACCCUUGUAAGAUUUGCGGGAAAGUAUUUUCGAAAAUCAAAAGCCGCAGUGCUCAUAUGAAAUCGCACAGGCCGCCGGACGCUGAACCAGUGAAACGUCGAAAUAAUAAUAGUGAACAUAAGGAACACCAUCUUCACAAAGAACCUAAGGAAAUCAAGGAUCUUUCUUCAACCUACGAACCUUCCGUGCCAAGCCCUUUUAUUAGUUUGUAG